GGCAGAAAAACACGAAUAGACAGAACGAAUAUAUUGGCAACGUUGAGGGGUUUGUUAGUUUAGUAGAGAAAUAUGUUAGGCUCCAGUGAUAUACCACCUCUUGUUGCUCUGGUGUUUUCGAUCACGCUGAAACUGUCGGGUGCUUUAGGUGAUAAUGUGGAAGAACAUCUAGAAAUGGGUAAAACCCUUCUGGCACAGGGGAAACUAACUGAUGCCUUAUCACACUAUCAUGCUGCAGUAGAGGGUGACCCAUCCAACUAUUUAACUUAUUACAAAAGAGCUACAGUGUUCUUAGCAUUGGGUAAAUCUCGGUCUGCUCAACCAGACUUGGAUAGAGUUUUGGAACUGAAACCAAAUUUUAAUGCUGCUCGUAUGCAGCGAGGUAAUGUCCUACUAAAACAGGGACAGUUAGAUGAAGCAAAGGAUGACUAUACGACUGUGUUGAAAUUUGACCCCAAUCACAGCCAAGCCCAGAAACAAUUAGACUUGAUUGACCCCCUAAAAGCAGAGAUAUCUGAAGCAAAAGCCAGAUACAAGAGCGGUGACCAUCAGGCAGCCAUAGAUCACUUAACAAAAGCCAUUGAGGUUUGUCCAUGGAGCCCAGAACUGAAGGAGAUUCGGUCUGAAUGCUACAUUGCUCUAGGCGAUUUGUUAAAAGCAAUCCACGACAUCCGUCCAACUACGAAAUUACGCAAUGAUAAUACAGCUGCCUUUUUGAAACUCAGUCUUUUACAUUAUCAAUUGGGGGAAGCAGAUGACUCUCUCAGUCAAAUCCGUGAAUGCUUAAAGUUAGACCCUGAUCAUAAAGACUGCUUCCAGCAUUAUAAGAAGGUGAAGAAAUUGGUAAAACUUAUUAAUGCAGCACAAGAACAAGCAAACUCACAAUCUUAUGAAGAAUGUAUCCAAAAAGCUAAUCAAAUUCUUGAAAUGGAGAAUAAAAAUCAACAAUUUAUUCUAAAGGGCAAGUCCUUCCUUUGUCAUUGUAAUUCCAAAGCUGGCUUUGAAAAAGAGGCAAUCAAGAAGUGUAGUGAAGUUCUCACAAUAGACUCCAACAAUGUGGAUGCUUAUUGCGACCGAGCUGAAGCUUAUAUUAAAGCCACCCAGUACAACGACGCGGUUAACGAUUACCAACAAGCACAGAAUAUCGACUCAGAAUCACAUAGAGUCCAAGAAGGUCUGGAGAAAGCUAAAAAAAUUCUUAAGCAAUCAAAAAGAAGAGAUUAUUAUAAAAUCCUUGGUGUACGAAGGAAUGCAGACAAACGUACGAUACUAAGGGCAUACAGAAAGCUGGCUGUGAAAUGGCACCCUGAUAAAUAUGAUAAUGAAGAGGACAAAAAGAAUGCACAGCAACACUUCAUUGAUAUUGCUGCUGCCAAAGAGGUUUUGACCAAUCCUGAGAAGCGUCAAAAGUUUGAUCACGGUGAAGAUCCAUUGGAUCCGGAAAAUCAGAACGAACAUGGUGGCGGACCUUUCUGGCAUCAGGGUUUCAAUCCCUUUGAAAGUGGAGGAGGUUUUCAGUUCAAAUUCCACUUCAACUGAAAACAAAACAAAAAAAAAUGGAGAGAAAAAACAAACAAAACAAAACAAAAAAAACACCUUCCCAUAAAAGAAAGAGAAAUGACUUCUCUCUUCCUCCUCUUUCUACCCCCUCUUUUUUUAAAGAUUUUUUUUUUUUUACAUACAUUUUUUUGUACUGCUACACCUUUGCCUACCCUAACCUCACUCCUUCCACACGUACUCACACACUUUGACCUCUGAUACCAUUCCACAUUCACCAUCUUACCUUUCUCUCUCUCUCUCUGUAACUAUCUAUCUAACGUGUGGGUAGUAGUAGGAGGGUGAGAUAAAUGAUAGUGGUGAUGGUGGUGUUGAUGGACAUGUAGAGGACAAAGGCGGUUGUGGCGGUGGUGGUCGUAGGUGGAGUUUGAUUGGUUAAGGUGAUGGACAUUGUGAUACUGUGUGAUGUGAUGUGGUGGAGGUGGCAUUCUGGAGCAGUGGUGGUGGUGGUGGAGUUGUAGGGUAUGGCCACGCCCAUCCCACCACACACAUACACAUGCCCAUACAGACGCACACUCUCACAUGCAUACACACAAACAUACAAAAAGCGGACAUCUUGAUAAACUGUUGGUUGUAAAUAAAAUAUAAUAAUAAUAAAAAGAAACUAUGUAUUGAUGGUGAUGAUGAUGAUGAUAGGGUGGUGGUUGGCAGGGGUGAUGGUGAUGGUGAUGAUGGUUAGGAUGGGGAUAGGAGUGGCGGUGGUGGUGGUGGAGUUUACAUUGAUAAUGAUGAGAUGUUUCAUCAUAUAUUUCAGAGGUGAAUAUUUUGAUUGAAGUAAAUAUUCUGUUUGUGUUUGUAAUUGCGUGUGUUGCAUUAUUGUGUGUGCUUGUGUAUGUGAUUUUGGUGUACCUGUGUGUGUGUGUGUGUGUGUGUGUGUGUGUGUGCGCGCGCGUGUUUGGAAUACUCUGUGUGUGUGUGUGAUGCUGUACACAAGUUUGUGAGAAUCACAAACACAUACUGAAUUUGUGAUUCUGUGCAUACAUAAUUGUAUUGGUGUGUCUGUGUAUGUAUGUGUGUGUGUCAGUUGUUUUUCUAUAUCCCUUUUUCUCUCUUUCAUAUAACCCCCUGCACACACACACACACACUGUAUUUGUGGCCCUACACUCACCACCCUCCUUAUUGAUCUCUAUUACCAUCAUCAUCGGGGAUGCAUAAUCUAAUAGAAACUGCAGCCUGUUACCCUCAUAUCACACUCUACUGUUUUAGAAAAACAAAAAGAAUGUAAUCGUGAAUACUCCUGAAUAGACAGGAUGAUCACAGCUGGAAUGUCUUAUGAUAAAAGAUCUGCCCAAUCUGGGCUGAACGACAUCAUCACAAACCUUU